UCUGUUAUAAGAAAAGUGAAAAUAAAGACUGCAUUCAUUUAUAUAAUGGCCAAAAAUACCUCCAGUUCUGCAUUCCGUAAAAUCGAUGUCGAUCAAUACAAUGAAGACAAUUUCAAAGAAGAUGAAGCCGAUUCGGUGGCAAAUACAUGCGAUGAAAAUCUCAUUACCAAUCUACUGACAGAAGGCAAGUGUAUAGAGGCUUUGGUGUCUGUCUUACAGAAUGCUCCUUUGAGAUGUAAACAACAACAUGUCAAGGACCACGCCCUCAAUGUUACCCUCAAGGUAUUGCUCUCUAUUAAAUCAUCACAAAUGGAUCAGGCUGUUGAAGUACUGGAUCAAAAUGACUUACUCGAUGUUCUUAUGAAGUAUAUAUAUCGUGGAUUUGAAAUGCCCUCGGAAGGUUCAAGCGGUCAUCUGUUACAGUGGCAUGAAAAAGUCUUUGCCAAAGGUGGUCUGGGCUGUAUUUGCCGUGUGCUGGCCGACACCAAUCGUGCCUAA